CACAGCACAGGAACGCCAAGCCAUUCGCAUUGUGUCAAAUUCAGCAGUCCAAAACCAUUCAGUCUGCUUGCUUCUGAUCAAUAAAGGCUGUUAUUAAAUCACAGACUGCAGGUCAUAUGCUUAGCUUUCAGAAUAUGUUCGUUUGCGUUCUUCUCUAAAUGAGCUAAAUAUCACAUCCGAUGCUUUACGCAGGCUUUGGACCUGCUUGUUAUUACUCCACCUGCUACAGCAUUCAAUGCCCUCCUUGAAGUGAGAGAUGAUUGGUCAUGCAAGUGUUCAGACCCUCCUUUUGGUUGGGGCUGGGCUCCUGGCCAAUGCAGCCCUGGAGAAAAUGGUAGGAGACACUGAAGAUCCUGCCCCUGGAAAGAGCAUGGAUGAAGGGCUCAGGAGGAGUCCAGAGAGGGGGCCCCAUCUUGGAAGCCUGUCUUGGGAGGAGGAGCCAGGUGGAAGGUCUCCAGCUGAAUUCCAGCCAGGUAUCACUGAGCCGACUCUGUCUGUGUCCCCGCUGGCCGAGGAAAAGGCCACUGAGAUCAUCUCUGUGGACUCAGAAAUACAGAUGGCUUCAGGACCCGAAGAAGCCGCAACACAGACCGAAGCAGCUGACCGUGCACCUACACCAGGGGCCAAAACAGCUGAGCAUGCAGUACACAAUCCACAGACUCCCUCCAUGGCCCUGUCUGGGUUGGAAACCAGUGGCAAAGAGGCAAAGCUCAGCAGUGUAGAGGAGGCAGGGUUGAGAGAGAUGUCAGGUGUUAAGGAUGACCAACAAGAGGCAUACUCAAACAAGACUCCCUUCUUCGAUCCACCAGGCCUCCCUACCCAGACCCAGGCUGCAGAGACAGCAGAGUCAGGGCCUUUUCUGACAGGCACUCUCAGCCCGGAUGGCCUUGAGCCAAAACUUACAGCAGUCCCAGGAGAUAUUCAAACCCGCACCCCCACAGCGCUGGAGGCCCACGUCCAUCUCACCCCGAGUACUGACCUGGGACAGGCCACUACGGCAGUCGGCCCACCUCAGCCUAGCCCCCCUGAAGAACAAAAAGAGCCAGCACCUUCUCAGUCAUUGGAAACAGAGCAGGAUGUCUUUGACAUAACCAGUAUUUCAGGAGAAUCUCAUCAGGAUGGAGGGCUGGAGGAGGAGAGAAGACCGCUCUUUAGUGAUCCCGAGCCUGGCCCCACCCCUGUCUCCGGCAGAGUGAGCAUGUCUGCCAGACUGCUGGACCACACGGUGUCGGAGGACGUGCCUUUUGGAUUGGACAGGGAGGGGACUCUUUUCCCAGAACACCUCCCUCUGUUAUUUGACCCCUCGGAUGACGUUGACCCGGAGGCGAUGAACACGGCGCCCCCCGGUGGCCCCACGAUGACGGUGCAGCCAUCCGGCGGAAUGCAGUCGGAGGCGGAGCUCGACGACGCAACGAUUGCCGAUCCGGACCGCUCUGUCUCAGAUGACUCUCUUCCUGCUCCCUCUGACUCGCUUUCCUCGCCGUGGCUGAUGUCUGGCUCGGAAAUCCCUGAUGUCGUGAGCGCUCCGGUGCUGCCGUCUCUCACAGCGCCCCCUUCAGGCCUCCCAUCAGAACAAAGGAGCAGGGACUCUGAAGGAUAUGGAACAGUUGACGCAGCUACGGAGGCCCAUCCCGUUUUCACUAAUGACCCAGCCCCAAGCGGUACUGGACAAACCCUCUUGACAACCGGUCUGUUUCUGUCUAAACCUAAGUCAGGACUGGAAGAACUGGAGUACGAAGAAGAACAUGACGAGGAUGAGGAGGAUGAGGACACAGAGGAUUCUGAGGAGGAUGAAAGCCAAGAGGAGGAAAAGAAAGCUCCUGUGCCACCUCCUACACCCCCUGCGUACAGCCGCAUCCCACGCCCCCCGCUGUGGGUGCAGCGCAACCACGGCCUGGUGCGCAGCUGGGUAGAGAAGAUCAGAGAUGAGGCGGGUUAUGUGUCUGGGAUGCUUGUGCCGGUGGGAAUUGGCAUCGCGGGGGCUCUCGUCAUCCUGGGAAUUCUCUACAGCAUCAGGGCAGCUCACCGCAAGAGGAGAAACAACAUCAAACAGCAGCGCAGGAAGCAGAGACAGAUGACCAGCCGGCAGGACCAGGCUAUGCUCCUGGCCGACAGCUCAGAGGAUGAGCUUUAGCAACUCCCCUUACAGCGACUCCACCUAAAGCGCCGAGCCAUGACCCAGCACCCCCCUGGAGUCGCAAUGGCUACCACUGCCGUGCCAGGACCUGUUUUAUUUUCUUACCCCUGGGGAUCCCAAGAUCCACGCAUUCAGCGUCAACCGUGAAACCACUCUGAGGCAGCGCUGUCCCACGGCUUCGAGCAGCAAAGACAGCAGCAGCCAAGUUGCACCUUCAAGAGUAUUCGAUUACCAUGCAUCACACCGAAGUUAGAAGAGUUAGACCCACACUCCCUGCCGAAAAUCUGAUUGUAUACCGUAGGGCAGGGAUCAGCAACUCAUGGUCCUCAAGGGCUGAGAACUGCUGGUUUUCCACACUUCUGUUACCUGGGAGUCAGGUGUGAAGACCGUCUGGCCAGUCAGUAGCACUAAUUACCCUGGGGAAAAGAAAACCAAGGCUGCAUUUGGAUACGAGGAGUUGAUGAUCCCUGCCCCAGGGAAUAUUCAGCAAAUAAAGCCUUUUUUCUUGUUAUAAGGAAUAGGCUUCAUUCCUUGUCCUAGAGAGCCGCAGAGUGUGCUGGUUUUCGUUCUUACUCAGCACUUAAUUGAUCAAUGAAAGCAGCUGAUCGCACAGUUAACUCACCUCACCCUUUUUCUUGGGUCUGAAUUGGCAAAAACAAAAGCAGCAGACCCUGUGGCUCUCCAGGACCAGGAAUGAAGACCACAAGAAUAGGCUAUUUGUUCACUUGCAGAUUCUUAGUUAGGGAAAUCACUGUGCCAGACAAUCAAUGGCACUGCUAGGAACCAUUCUAUCAUUAAGCAUCAACAUGCAUAGCUAUAAUGUUUUGCUAUAAUGUAAACCCUGUAAAUGCUUUAUGCAUUAUCACGGCUUAGUGUACAUAUUGUAAAUAUGUCUUAAUGGAUGAGCUUUCUGAAUGUGCAGUUAGACUUAACAUGUUAAUGAUAAUGAUGUCAAUACAUGUUGACUUACAUUAUGGUACAUUAUUAUUUUGCCUUGUAAAACAUGUGGAAAGUGAAAUCAUCUUUUUAGGCGAAGCAUGAGGAAGAAUGGUACUUGAAAGUCUUACUGUGAUAGGGCUCUUAUCUUAUAUACCAAAUUUGAGACAUUAUUGUUCCAAGGGCAGAACUACUAGGUCACUCUUAACGCUACUAAUGUACAUUAAUAUUUAAGCUAAUGCUAAUGUUUACUUCUAACUGUAUUACACACUAGGCAGUUGAAAAAUAUGAACAAAAAUACGGUACACAUACACUUGAACAUAAAAUGUAAGCCUUAAUGAACUCAAUACAUUCUAUUAUUUACCAUUUAUAGCAGUGCAAUUACUCAUUUUAUAAAUGUAUAAUUUAUUAAAAGAAGUUCCAUGUGUACUGGCUUAAAAUGGGAAAUAUGUGUGACUAACAGGAAAAUCAACACAUUGUUUAAAUGAGUAGUGAGGUACCGUCAUAAUACACACUAUCGUUCAAGAGUUUGGAAUCACCUUGUCCUUUUCAGCUUUUUCAGAUUUUAUAUUUUAUUUUUAUUUGUUUUCACCAUGUAGUAAUUGCAGCACUUUCAGUAGAUACUAAAAUAAUUAUUUCUCCUGACUGAUUUUCCUGUUGAACCUGUUGAAAGAUAUACAGGAGAAACAAUUCUUGUAGUAUCUACUAUAUAUCUGGCAGCAGCCCGGUGGUUUGAGACUCAUUUGAUACCUUGGACCCUUGAUGACUUUAACCCAUUUAGCCAACAAAUGUGCUCCAUACUGUAUCAGUAUAAUUUACAGCUGAAUCUAGUCCCACCCCCUAAUUCCCAUAGAGAUCCAUUCAAAUGCAAAGAGUUUUAGUAUCGCUUGCUGGACAACCCGAAAAUAAGAUAUCCAGACUCUGAUGAUGUUGAUAGGUCACAGACAUCAGGAACUCAUGGCAUGCAAAGGAUAUGCAACCAAAUACAAAAUAUGACUCUUAUUUCACAUUAUGUUAAUUUGUCUCAAACAUUGAAAUGGGGGGACUACAUAUAAAAAGUGCUGUAAUUACUGCAUGGUGAAACCAAAAUGAAUAAAAAUAUUUAUAUUUAUAUUUAUACAUUAAAAAAAUCGGAGCCUGAGCACUUUGACCACGUGUGAAUUGUUUGAUCACAACACAGAAAAUACAAUAUAAAGUCAGGAGGUGACAAGGUCACAAUGUGAUUCCAAACUUUUGAACAGUAUUGUAUAUACAUCUAUAUUAAUGUUCUGCACAGCCAAAUGUCUCAUUAACGUUAAAUCUAGAACAAGUUAAAUCUACCUAGCACUAAACAUCUAAAACAAUACCAAUUUGAAAUGGUAUGGACCAACAGAAUGAGGUAUCUAAAAUUAUUUUAAACUCAUUUUCUGCACCAACCGGCAUUCACACCCAUUUUAAAUGUACAUUCAUGCAAAUGCUCAGUUCAUACAGUAACACUUGGGGAUUUUUUAAAAAUCAAUUUAACCCAAUACUGAAAUAAUAGACAAUUUUGCAAGUAUUUGUCAUGCUUACAUCAUAUAUUUUUUCGAACAAAUAAAGAGGCCAUGCCAUGUCAAAUGUA